CAAACACUCACCUAUAUAUAUAACUCCUCACACACUCUCUCUUGAUGAAGGAGGAUUUACAGCUUAUGUAUUGUUUUGCACUUCUGUUAACAUAAAAUCUUUCUGUGCAGACCUUUUUCUCUCCAUUUUACUGUUUCAGUUUGUUUAACGAUAACUCGCCAUUAUUAAACUUGGUUAAAUAGAUAGUUUCAGCCUCUGUUUUUCCCUCCCUUUCUUGACAAAAACACCAUCAAUUAAAAUAAAAUGAAAAGGACGAAAUCAGCCGUGUUGAUUCCGCUAAACAGGCAAAGAUGGCUCCGCAUUCUAAAUUUUUUGGUUGUCUCCUGCGCUAUUCUGGUCAUUUACGAAGCCGCGUACAUGUUCAAAAACGGGUUGUAUUCGGUUUCGCAAGAAGGCCUUUACAGCAACAGUAAUGGGUUUUUUCUCAACUCGAAGUUGGUUAUGGAGAAUUUGGAGUGGCGGGAGGCCCCCAUUCGCCCUCUCGACGUCCCAUUUCGAUCAAGAAAACAUAGAGGAAUCCCGAAGAAGCUGCUUUCUGGCUUGAAUUUCACCGCCAUUGCCGCCUAUAGCCGCGAAAAUGGGAUCCUGAAGUCGGCAAACGACGCCGUCGAGCUGGGGAGGAAGCUGUGGAGAGAGGUUGAGGAGAGUAGGAGAAGUGAAAGGGGUUUUGGAUUUAGUAGUAAUGUGACUGAUGAGGUUGAGAAGUGCCCGUAUUCGAUGUUGAUUUCGGGGGAGGAGUUCGGCGGGAACGGGGGAGUGGCAGUGUUGCCCUGUGGGCUGGCGUUGGGGUCGCAUAUCACGGUGGUUGGGAAGCCGAGGGAGGCGCAGUUUAUGGUGGAGCUGCAGGGGCUGAAGACGGUGGAAGGGGAGGACCCGCCGCGGAUACUGCAUUUCAAUCCGCGGUUGAAGGGGGAUUGGAGUGGGAGGCCUGUGAUUGAGCUCAACACGUGUUAUCGGAUGCAGUGGGGCGUGUCGCAGCGCUGCCAGGGUUGGAUGUCCGGAGCUGAUCAGGAGACUGUGGAUGGAUUUGUAAAAUGUGAAAAGUGGAUUAGGGAUGAUGAGGAUGGGUUAGAGGAGUCGAAGGCGAGCUGGUGGCUGAACAGGCUGAUGGGACGAACUAAGAAGGUCGCCAUUGCCUGGCCGUUCCCCUUCUCCAAAGAAAAACUAUUUGUUCUGACUCUUAAUGCUGGCUUGGAGGGCUUCCAUGUCAAUGUUGAUGGAAGGCAUGUGACCUCAUUUCCAUAUCGCGUAGGAUUCACCCUUGAGGAUGCCACUGGAUUAUCUUUGAAUGGGGAUGUUGAUGUGCUCUCCAUAGUUGCUGCCUCCUUACCCACAUCACACCCCAGCUUUGCUCCUCAGAAACACCUCGAGCUAUCAGAUAAAUGGAAGGCUCCGCCUCUCCCCGAUGGGCCAGUUGAACUGUUCAUUGGCAUUCUUUCAGCUGGGAACCACUUUGCUGAGAGGAUGGCCGUGAGGAAGUCUUGGAUGCAGCACGAGCUGAUCAAGUCAUCACACGUUGUUGCUCGUUUCUUCGUGGCUCUGCAUAAGAGAAGGGAAGUGAAUGAAGUGGUGAAGAAAGAAGCUGAGUUUUUCGGAGACAUUGUCAUAGUCCCGUACAUGGACACGUACGACCUUGUUGUUCUCAAAACUAUAGCUAUCUGCGAAUACGGGGUUCGGACUGUAUCAGCCAGUCGCAUUAUGAAGGGCGAUGAUGACACAUUUGUUAGAGUAGAUGCCAUCAUCAACGAAGCAAGGGCAGUACGAGAGGAUAGAAGCUUGUAUAUUGGAAACAUAAAUUACUUCCACGAGCCCCUACGUAGUGGCAAAUGGGCCGUUACUCAUGAGGAAUGGCCAGAAGAAGUCUACCCGCCUUAUGCAAACGGGCCAGGCUACAUAAUCUCAUCCGACAUUGCAAGCUCCAUCCUAUCCGACUUUGAGAAGCACGAGUUGAGGUUGUUCAAAAUGGAAGAUGUGAGCAUGGGAAUGUGGGUGCAGAAGGUCAAUAAAUUGAGACCAGUAGAGUACGUCCAUAGCUUGAAGUUCUGCCAGUUUGGCUGCAUAGAAGAUUACAUAACCACGCACUAUCAGUCUCCGAGGCAGAUGAUCUGCCUCUGGAAGAAGCUGAAACAGCGGGGGAAGCCUCUGUGCUGCAACGUGAGGUGACCAACAGACAUGAAUACGGCGUCUUGACAUAUAACAGACACUACUCGUGGGAGAUUCAAACAUAUGACUUUUUUUGACGUGAGAUUGCCACCACGUUGUAAGAAAAUAUUAUAAGCAUUUAUACGAGAGAGUUUCAACCAUCCAAAGUUGGAUAGUUGAACAAUUAGACACUUUAUUUUAGCUUAGGACUUCUUCUAUAAACCACACAUUUUUAGACUUAAAUUAAGAGAACAUUUUUAUA